UUAAGUGAAUUAGUGAUGUAAAAUCUAGCUAUUAAACGUACAUUCGUGUAUAAUGAAGAACUCGAUAUUAAAUUUGUGUUUAUCGUGUCUAAACGCCGGUCUGUACAUUUUUACUCGUUUGUUUUUGAUGGUUCUAAGUGCUAGUGUGUAUCAAGGAUUUGUACUGGCUGAAGUUUUGUUAAACAAUUCACAUGUGUGGUACCCGAAAUGGAUGGCAAAUUUUUUGGAAAACGUUCACUAUGUUUUUUCGCAAAUAGGUGUUAUUUUGCUGAGAAGAAUAUCUGUGAAGGUCGUCAUGUUGAACGUGUUCAUGCGGUGGUUCCUGAAGUUCCUGGUGUCUCUGCUGUCGAUAGUAGUCUGGCCGGUCACUAUCCUGCUGAACAUCAAACGGAACAGAAAAUGUCCGCCGCCUAGGAAUCCAAUACUGUUCAAAUCCGCCACAACAUUGGCUAUGAUGAUCAGGAAUCGACAGAUCACAUCCGAAGAGCUCGUGGAAGCUUACAUCGAACGAUGUAAAGAAGUAAAUCCGUACUUAAACGCAGUGGUCGAACCUCGAUACGACAUGGCGUUGAGGGAAGCGAGGUGUAUAGACAAAAUGAUCGCAUCAAAUGAUCGCACCCCAGAAGAACUUGCCAAAGAAUAUCCUCUACUGGGUCUACCCAUGACCGUGAAAGAAAGUAUAGCACUUGAAGGCAUGAGCAACGACUGCGGUACCGUCUACCCUUACAGGAAUCCCGCUAAGAAAGACGCGGACAUAGUUCGCUUGGCCAGGGCGGCUGGUGCCGUGCCCAUAGCUGUGACCAAUACGCCGCAGCUGUGUAUGAACUGGGAGACGUACAACAACGUCACUGGCCUGACUAUGAACCCGUAUGACCAGAAACGGACAACCGGCGGCUCUUCUGGUGGAGAAUCAGCGUUAAUUGCAUCAGCAGCCUCACUUAUGGGCGUGGGAUCUGACAUUGCAGGGUCGCUUCGACUGCCGCCAAUGUUCAACGGGAUCUUUGGACACAAACCCACACCAAAGCUUCUUUCUAUACAAGGUCACAUACCAGAUUGCUUAGAUCCAGAAUUUGAGGAGUUCUUUGCCCUAGGGCCCAUAACAAGAUAUGCGGAAGAUUUAACUUUACUUCUUAAAGUUUUACGACAACCCAAUGGGCCUGACGUACCAUUGGACAAACCGGUGGAUAUCACGCGCCUGAAGUUUUACUACAUGGAAGGUGACGGCAGUAGCGUCACAAACACAAUAGGUUCAGAUGUAAGGAAAGCGCUCGACAAAGCCAAAGCUUACAUACAAUCUACGUACAAUAUUGAAGUGAAACAGUUGAAGAUCGCGAACAUAGAACACAUGUGGGAGAUAAGCGUCCGAGUUCUCUUCAACAUUGAGAACGUCCGUAACAUCUACACAGAUCCGCAAGUACGGGACCAGUGGAUCUCCGUAUGGCCCGACGUUCUGAAGAAAAUGGCCGGCCUGUCGAACCAUUCGUUGACGAGUGUCGCCUACGGCCCAGUGAAGAAGUUCUUCGACGCUUUGCCAAAAAGCUAUUACAAUAAUCUGCUACGAAUAUUCGAGGAGAUCAAAUCUGAUUUCAAUGAAGUGCUAUCUGACGAUGCAGUAUUGUUCUUCCCAACGUUUCCAUAUCCAGCUCAUCUGCACUACAGAAUAUUUUACAAGUUCCUCAACUGCGGGUACUUGACAAUUUUCAACGCGUUAGGCCUACCCGCUACCGCCUGUCCCCUGGGACUCACUGAGAAAGGAUUACCAGUGGGCAUACAGAUUGUCGCAAACAAAUGCAAUGACCACUUAACGAUAGCUGUAGCUAAGGAAUUCGAGAAAGCUUUCGGUGGGUGGUCACCGCCGAAUAAAGAACUUUUAAACUGUAUUAAGACUGCAUAGAAACAAAGAGACUAGAGUAUACUAAGUAAAGGCGAAUUUACCAAGGAAUAAAAAGUGAUCGAUACUCAUUCGAGAGAGAACUUGUACAUAGAGUUAGGGAUAACACUUAAGUAUUUUAAUAAAUGUGUAAAUUAGUGUGUACAUACAGGAAAUUUUUAAAAUAAAUAUUUAAGAUUUA